UUAUACUGUUCAGUGUGACCGCAACAGUGGCGACGAAGGGAGUGCAGGACGGUGGCUGGAGGGAUGGUGAACAUGAAACAAAAAAACAAAAGAACAAACAAACUACAGCUAUUUGAAAAGAUUCUUUAAGAAAAUAAAACACUAAGUUCUUGUUUCCCACUCUUAUUAACACGCACUGGAUAAAACUAGUGAAAGUAACGUCAAGUACAAACGUUCUGUUAUCUCUGGCACUCGUAAGCACUUCGGGAGGAGUCACGCGCAUGAAUUAAGUAUAUCGGUAUUGUUUGGAGAUAUUCCUCAUUGGAAAGCAAUAUACAAAACAGAGCUUGGCAGUUGUGACUACCCAGGCAGUGGCCGGGAAUACUUUGCAAUACUCGUGAGCGGCCGAGAGCGGGUUGAGGAUGUCUUCCGGUGGUGGCCGAGCCGCGGCUGCCAGGAAUGUCCAGCUUCUCAUGUAUCUCGUGGGGUUCCUGGACCUGGUGGGGGUGAUGCUGGUCAUCCCGCUCUUCGUGGUGCAGCUCAAGAAGCUGGGCAUGUCGCCGCUCCUGAACGGCGCCAUCCGGUCCAUCUACGGCAUGCUGCAGCUCGGCUCCUCCCCGAUAAUAGGUCGCUGGAGUGACCGGUGGGGGCGGCGGCCGCUGCUGCUAGUGUGUCUGGCGGUGUCUGCGCUCAGUUACAUGGCUCUCGGCGUCUCCGCCUCACUCUGGGUCAUGGCUGUAUCCAGAUUAGUUACAGGGGUGUUCAAGCACAGCACGACGCUGUGCAAGGCUGUGCUGGCGGACGUGACACCUCCCCCAGACAGGCCGCAGGUCAUGGGCAAGUUCAGCGGGGCCAUGGGCAUCGCCGUCAUCCUCGGCCCAGCUAUUGGAGGUCACCUGACAAACUUUGAAAACAGCUUUGGCGUCGUGUGCUCCAUCAGCGCCGCCAUCUUCUCCAUUAACUGGGCCGUGUGCCUGGCGCUCCUGCCCGCCGCGUUGCCGCUCCACUCCCACACGAGCGAGGGCCAAGAGCCCAGCGAUCAGCCCACACAACAGGAUCCUGUCGUCACGGAGCACAUCCUUCCCAUUCAAUUACUGAAGGAAAUCGACUGGAAGGUGUUCGGCGACAUCUUCCUGGUGGACUUCUUCCUCACCUUCUCCUUGUACGCGUUCCGGUCCAGCUUUGUGUUGAUGGUGGACGAAGUAUUCGGCGUGUCAUCCAUGGCCAUCGGCUACAUCAUAUCCUUUCAGGGCAUCAUCGGGGCAGCAGCCGGGUUCCUUGCGGGUCGAGUGUCUCGUUAUUUCGGCGACAAUCAGGUGGUGCUGCUCUACAGUGCCUUGGUGCAGGCCGCCUCCCUCCUCGGCCUCACCUUCGCGCCCUCCAUGGUAUUCACCAUCAUGAUGUUGGUUCCACUGAGCGUGAGCGGUACCCUCAUCCAAACCACCACCUCAACCAUCAUCGUUGACCGCUGCUCACCUUCCAAGAUUGGUUCUGUGACCGGCGUGGCACAGAGCAUCCCCGCCAUUGCUGCCAUGACCACCCCCGUGCUGACAGGUCUCGUGCAGGAGGUCGGGGCUCGAGGGCCGGGCUUGAUGGCCUUUCUGACUGCAAUAUUCGGUGCCGCAGCGGCCGGUUGGGCGACCCGCUUCCGGCGAGGCGAGAAACCAGUGGAGAAAUUUACAUAAUGCUAUGACGUUUUAGUGAAAUAAUAAAUGGCGAGACUGGG